GAGUGCGAGCUCUUUGUUUUCUGUCUCCUCUGUGCAGUGAUCAGAGAUCCGCAGCCGACGGACAGACCAGGACACACCAGGGGAAAGAAAACCUUCUCCUGACAGCAUCUGUCACACUUUAUCCCAGUUCCUCCUUUAAUUACUCUUCAUUUUGUCCAUCAGAUCCACUUUAACCAGCAGCUCUUACUAGACUGAGGACCACAGAGAGGAACACAGUCUGAUGUAAAAACUAAACUCCAGCUCUUCUCUCUUUUUAUUUUCUUUCUGUUGAGCUGUUUGCGGACGGAGAUGCAGGUCCAGAUCCCGGAUGACUCUGACUUCUCCUCGUUCAGAGAUCAGUGUCUGAGCUCCGAUGGAUGGAUCAGCCGCUACAGCAAAGGAGGAGUGACAGUGUGGUGUCGAGAGGAGGAGAGCAGGAGCGUCCAGAAACUCAAGAUGAGGAUAGUGUGUAAAGAUGUGACAGCAGAGACACUGUACGACGUCCUCCAUGACACCAGCUACCGCAGGAAGUGGGACACCAACAUGAUCGACACGUAUGACAUCGGCAGGCUGACGGCCAACGCAGACAUUGGAUAUUAUUCCUGGAAAUGUCCCACCCCCCUGAAGAACAGGGACUUUGUGACGAUGAGAUCUUGGCUCCCUCUCGGCAAUGACUACCUGAUCAUCAACUACUCCGUCAAACACCCGCAACACCCUCCUAAGAAGGACUACGUCCGUGCCGUGUCCCUGCUGACCGGAUACCUGAUCCAGUCUAAUGGAGCCAACUGCUCCACUCUCUACUACCUGACCCAGGUGGACCCCAGAGGUUCAUUACCAAAGUGGGUGGUGAACAGAGUCUCUCAGUUUGUGGCUCCAAAGGCGAUGAGGAAGAUCUACAAGGCAUCCCUGAAGUAUCCUGAGUGGAAGAGGAAGCACAACCCGAACCUGAAGCCCUGGAUGUUUCCGGAACAGAACAUGCUGCCGUGUAUAAACGUGUCGGAGCUGAAGGUGCAGCGAGCCGACUCGCUGGAGAACAUUGACGAGAGUGGCCUGAGCGAGGAGAAAAUGCAGCACAGCGAUGACGAAGAGACAUAAAUGUCCGGAAAAGACUGAAAACAUCAAGAUUUAUUCUGUCUCAUUUUCUGUUUGUUGGUUUGUUUUUUCUUUGUUUGUCAGACUCACUAGAGCCAAACCUGACUGCAGCAUGACUCAGACUAUUUUUAACCGCGGAUAUGUUUUCUUCUCUUUAAUUCUCUUCAGUUAUUUUACAUCGAAUUUUAACUCCAGAUUUGGUUCCAUACAGGUUCAGUGAGUUCCAGCUUCAUAUUUGAGCCAGUUUAUGCCACCACAGACACCUGGAUCAGAUGAGGCAGAAAUGGUGAUCAUGGUUAAAGUCUCUGCACGCGUUUUCAGGUGUUUAAGGUGGACAAAUGAGAGAAAUUCCAGUCAAAUAUUACCAGUUUUACAAUCGAUGGAGAUCAACCCAAAGUGUCUGUGUCUGAAAACCUGGGAAUGAGGCUCAACGAUCAGCUGUCUUUCUUUUGAAAUACUAUUUGAAUUGUGCUGGGAUUCAGCAGCAGCAGCAGGUACUGCAGGCGUGUGUCGCCUCUCACAAACUCAACUCUUUCCAAUCUCGUUUUUAUCCCGUCUCCUCCUCCUGUAUGUCCAUGAACACCUCCCGUCCAGUCAGCAGUCAACAAAGAUAGAUCUGAUCGAAUAAUCACUUCAUCUCAUAGGAAAUAGUGUAGCGUGUCCUAAUAAAGAUGACAAAGUUGUUCUCAGUCCUGAGAAAGAGGUGGAAAGGUGAGGUGGAAACACCUGCAGGGGUCGUAAUGACUCUGAUUUGAACCAUUUCUCAUCAGUCUUCUUCUGCGUUCUUAAAACACUCCUGUGAUUUAUGAUCCAAGCACAUUCAACAUCCUCCAGGUUUUCGUUUUUACAUUCCAGUGAGGCCUCAAUCCCGUUACCCUGGCAACAAUUAACAGUUUGUGUGAUGUGACCAGACAGGUCACUGUGUAGAGCUUUCCAUUUCACUGUCAAAAUGUGAACAAACCAACAAUCAGACGAGGAGCAAACGGUUUUUAGAGGGCGUAAUUUCAUCCUGAAUUCCCUGCAGAGGACCUCACUUCCCAUUUUUCUCUUUUCAUGUAUAUGUUUUGAGAAAAUGUGUCCAUGAGGGACAUGAAGACAAACACUUUAGUUUAGAUGUUCCUGUUGAAUGUUCGGUGAUGUGUUUGUUUGGAAAGAUCUUUCUUUUCUUUUAAAAUGUGUUCAUUAGAUUAUUUAUUUAAUAUGACUGUCAGAUACUGGUAUAUCUUUAAAAAAAAAAGGCAGUGGAGCGCUGAUGAAUCUGCAGCGCCCUCCAGUGGACAGAUUACUUCAAUACAACAUGAACUUUGAUGAGAAAAACAACUUGAACCUUGGCUCACCUCCUUUCUAUGUAGAUGUAAGGAAAUUAUCUUACUUUAAAUCAACAAAUCACACUCAUGUCAUGGACAUCAGGUCAGGGUCAAAAUUCAUUUAAUAAAAACAAAUAUGAAUGAGGUUUUAAACUAUUUUCUUUUUUAACUUAGGUUAACAUGAAUCUUCUGGGGCUGCAGCAGAUCAGUGAACUGAGUUUCACUGAAGAUUGUUUGUGUGAAGAAGCUUUGUCCAUAUUGUCCUUGAAACUAAAUUAUAUUUUAAUUCAUGUUUGACAGAAAGAAACUCUAAAGCUUCAAAUAAAAUCAUGAAACAGAAUUAAAGCUGAGUUUGUUGCUGUGAGUAAGAGCAUAAGAGGAACCUGGGGCAGGAAGAAACAUCAUGAGUUAUGAGCUAGAUCAGACUGCAUGAUGGCGCUAUUGGCCACAUGUCAAACCCA